UUUCUUCUGGAAAAGAAACAGGCUGCACAAAGUUCAACAGCAGAUGCAGCUACAGAAUCCAAACAUCCUUUUCUGCUGAAGAAAAGAACUCAGCCUGCUCUGUUCAACAACAACAACAACAAAAAGAAACCAAACGGUGUGGCAAGUAGAUACCAACUUUAUUUAGUGACAUCCCCCUUGGAUGUUUGCUGUGAAAAGACUUCCAGAAUGACACACUUGCUAUGUCCCAAUGUAAUCUCAGUUUGAAAAAGCAGAGGAGUAGAAGCAUCUUCAGCACUUUAUUCUGCUGCUUUCGUGACUACAAUGUUGAGUCACCGUCUCCCAACAGCACCAGUGUCCUUCCUCCAUUGGUGGAAGAGAAUGGCGGACUUCAAAAGGGUGACCAGAUGCAGGUCAUUCCCAUUCCAAGUCCACCAGCUAAAUACCUCUUGCCAGAAAUGACAAUAUCUGAUUACAGGAAGAAAUGCGUGGUCAUUGAUCUUGAUGAAACGCUAGUACAUAGUUCCUUUAAGCCAAUUAGCAACGCUGAUUUCAUUGUUCCAGUUGAAAUUGAUGGAACUAUACAUCAGGUUUAUGUACUAAAACGACCGCACGUGGACGAAUUUCUUCAGAGGAUGGGAGAACUCUUUGAAUGUGUGCUGUUCACGGCCAGCCUAGCAAAAUAUGCAGAUCCAGUGGCAGAUUUGCUGGACCGUUGGGGUGUAUUCAAGGCUCGACUCUUCAGAGAAUCCUGUGUUUUCCACCGAGGAAAUUACGUGAAAGAUCUAAGUCGGCUUGGGCGAGAAUUGAGCAAAGUCAUAAUAGUAGAUAAUUCUCCGGCAUCUUACAUCUUCCAUCCUGAAAAUGCAGUGCCUGUUCAGUCCUGGUUUGAUGACAUGGCAGACACAGAAUUGUUAGACCUUAUUCCUUUCUUUGAAGGACUGAGCAAAGAGGGGGAAGUCUACACAAUGCUUCACAAGCUGUGCAACAGGUAGCCCUUUGAACUCCAGCUGUUGCAGUACUGCAGCCACCCUGGAGCAUCCAGCAUCUUGCAGAGACUGCGCGGGAUAAGCGUUAAAAUGUUUCCGAUCUUCCUCUGACAGGAAAGACAAUUGUGACCCGGCGCUACUAAACCGUGGGAAUGACUGAUGCUGUAAGGUGACCAGAACUACUUUUUAAAGCAAAAUCAAGAAAGAAAAUGAAAAAGAAGCUAUUUUGAAUGGGACUUUUAACGAAUUUCAUAAACGGACGUGUUUUACAAAAUCUGCUUUUUUUCUUAAAACAUGCCAAAAAAGGAAAAAAAAAAAAUGAAAGCUUGGUGUUAUUUCAACCAGUCAAUUCAUCCCCUUCCCAGCUCAUCCUGCUAUGCAGAGUGUUUUUCCCACCCCACCCUGCUUCUAGAGCAGUUGACCUGACUCUGAACUUAAUUUCUUCCAGGAUGAAGUGCCUUUUUGAAUGUUGUUUUAAGAUUUUAAAAGAAUCAUUUUUGUACGAGGGGUAUUUCCAGAAUCUUUUAGUCUUGUAUUGUUUAAAUGCUUGAAAAAGACAAAGAAGAAGAAAGUUGGAAGGCUUUUAUAGAGCAGUGUAAUAUAUGGAAUCAAAGGAGGAAAUUGGAAAAGGUGAUGGGUUUCAUUCUCCCAGUUACUGUCAUUAAAAUAUCAAUGGCUAUAUUUUGUAGCACAUUUGAAACAGCAGACAAGUAGGUGGAAAUAAAUGGGGUGAUAUCUAGGGUGGAGAUGCAACUACCUUACUAAUUUGGACGACGUUUUGCACAUAGAUUAGGACGUAUCUCCAUUUUUAAAGUUUUUACGGAAUACCGCAAAAUGGAAUGGGGAAUGCCCACCAUUGCAAGUCCUCAGUACCUUCAGGAAGAGUCUUUUAUUGUGUUUGCAAACACACAACUGCCAGGUGUUUCUGAUGUCAGGGAUAAAAUACAGAGAAAGCAUAGAAGACAAUGAGUUUAUUUAUUAAGCUUGAAAUAUUUAUAUUGAGCUAUUGCAAACGAUGGGCCGAAGUCCUGGUGGAAGGGAUAGGAGGAGGCUACUUGUGACCAUAAUCUCCCCUCCUUUCAAUGGCCCUCAUGUGGGAGACGCUUCCUUUAUUUUUUUUUUAAUUGUGCCCCGUGUUUUGUUUUUCCCGUAAUCGCUGCUAACGAAGGCUCACCAAAUGGAACUGAACCUUGGCUGUUAUACUGUUCUUCGCCGCUGUGCCUCUGCUACUGAAAUUGCAAACGUCCUUUCCUUAGUGUUUCCGGCCAAUUAGUCAAAUGUUAAGCAUUUAAUUUUUUAAUUGGGGUUGCGUGUCCCGCUGUGAGUGUUUCACAGUGGAAUUUUCACUCCGGUUUCUUCCCUUCGUGCUGCUUCCUUUUUGGGGGGAAAAAGAAAAAAUAAGGGUGUUGAUUCUAGGGUGGAAGAUGGGUUCUCUUUUUCUUAGCAACUUUCCAACCUGACCUGGGGUUGGAGUGUUGAGACCAUUCGAACCAAAGGUCGUUUAGGAAAAUUGGGUUGCCCAAGUGUGAAAUAGAAAAGCUUUUUGGACCAGCUUUCUUUUGUCCAGAUUGUCAAAUUGUUCUCCAGUGCUUAGAUGUAUACAUUUUUCCAUCCUUGGAGGGAAACAUUGUGAUAAGUAUCAAGGAUGUUGGUCUUCCAUAUCUUUUUUUUUUUUUUUGGACCAUUUGAACCGAAAAGGGGGCACACCUCAGUAGUAUGUUUCCAUCCUCCUCCUAAAUUCACUUCUGUUCUGUUUUGUUUUUUUUGCACCAACCGAAGUCCUUUUAAUUGCUCAAAUUAGCCAUAUUGGACAAGAACUGUCCGAAAACAUUUGGUGCUCAACCCUAGCAAAACCAUCAGAUGCUGCAAUUGCAGGUCCUUGCUCCUUGCCUUUGCCUGAUUAUGGUUUAAAAAAAAAAUAAGCUAAGAAGCAGAUGAGCCCACUGAUUCAGAGCGAACAUCAGGCCAACUGCCAAGGGCAUAAGACAGGUGAUCAGAGGCACAGUAAAAUGAAAAGCCAAAAAACCAGACUUGCCACUCCAUCAAAGGGAUUUUAAACCAGUGUUUGGAGAGCUCUAGCAGUAUCAUAUCAGCAGGACAGUCCUAUGAGAGCCCCAGAGGGUUGCCCCUCUGUAUAUCCUCACUUGGCCUAGUAAAGGUUCUUGUUUUGGCAUUGUAUGUCUCGUCUGCCAGGAAUCUGGCAACACAGAGAAUAACAACAGCUGGAUUGUUGGUGGUUUUUCUUUGCUUUUUCUUUUUGGUUUGAAGUAUGGAUGUCGGUCAAAUCUUUAAUUUGGGUGUUUGACUUCAAAAUAGUGAAGCAUUUGUACUGCCAAAGCGUGUUCUCUGAGCAGUAUUUUUCCACUGUAUUUCUGGCUUCCUGAGCCACGGAUACAGUCUGCAGGGAAAAGAAUUCAGGUUGUAGCAGGGGCAAAUACGAUGGAAAGGGUUGGAAUGGAGUUGAAGAAAACUUGCAGUGCUUUUUCUGGCUUGUCUUGAACUUCUCGAUCUUCCCAACUGCCAGUUUCCAUCAUAUCUUGCCCUUUCUAGUACGUGUGUCUUUCUGACAGUUUUAUGCGAUCUGUUUGUACAUAACGCAGACCUUUUUUGUUAGACGUUCCCUUUUUAUAAAACCAGUGGUUUUUUUCCCCUCUAUCCAGUUGCCUUAAAUGUCUGUGAAUGAAUGUUGAUUAUGAAAAGUGUCUUGUAACAUUGUGGGAAUCCCACAUCCAGCAGGCAGUAGAACUUCUGAUGGGGUUUAUGUGGGGGUGGGGGAGGCCCUUCCCUCCCCUCUCUCAAUUCUGAUGAACCCUGGGAUAUGGAAAUUGCUCAAGUUGUGGAAAAUCAUGGCUAUUAUAACAGUCUGAUGGCAAUUAAAGCAGCCUUUCCUAACCUGGGCACCAUCCAAAGAGAUGGAUUUCAAUUCUGGAGCUCUACAACUUAAAUACUCCUGAUUGAGAACACGGGGAUUUGGAAGUUACUCGUGGGGAGGCACCUAGGCUGGGGAAAACUGCUUUAAAAAUUAGGCAUUACUUCUGUUUGGGCUGGCUUUUCUGAGGCAGAAUUCAUUUUAUGACUUGUUUAUCUCGUUUAUGAAGCAUAUUAGAGCCAUACCCAUGUGCUUGGGGAUCCCUCAGAUCUAUUCUCCUGGUUUUGUGGCUGAUCUGUGAUAAAUCGCACAUGGGAAGAAUAAAAUCAGCUAUUCUCCACUUCAGUGUGCCAUUAAACUGUCCAAUUGGUUAUUUUUAAACUCUGACACAAGGCAGGGAUGCCUUGUCUGUAAUAUGCAAUCGUGCAUUGCUGUAAAGUAGAGUUCUGUUCAAAUCUGCACAACUUCUACACACACCGACCGGUGGUGUCGCAUUUGCCUUGGGUUGAACACAACACAUUGGCCCCUUGUAAAAAUAUUAGCCAAGAUUGCGCACCUGCUUGGAAGGGAGUAAGCAGAUGACACGCACUGCGUUCUGCAAUGUCAGCAUCCUGGCAUUUUUGAUGUCUUAAUGUGGGCAGCCCAGGGAGCAUAAUAUAUUGCAAACUACCAGGGGUGUCAGGUGGGGGCGGAGUCAAAGAAGUCAGUGAUGCAAGUAAAAAGGGGGUGGGGCUUCAGUCCCAUGGCUGUGGCCAUCUCGACUUCUUUCAUCCCAUCCCUGCUCCGAAGCCCUAAACUCUAGCUUCUGCCUGACUUUUAUCUUGUUUGUCAAAAAUUAUUACUAUUACUUACCCCAUGAUUUAGCAAAGCAGGAAUGAAAUUUAACAAAGCCAUGACAAUCAGUGUAAUAGUUCCGAGAUCCCUGUGUGGGUCCGUGGCUUUGCGUAUUCACCUGCAAGUUUGAUUGUUUUUAUGCUCUGGGUCUCUCUCUACGCAGGUGAAGAUGCCAAGCAAAAACACUGUGGUGAUGCAGCCGUGUCAACUUUGUGUUACUACUUAUUUCGAAGUGUUGCCUCUUGAGAAGUUCUGUUGUCGGUUGUAUGUUGGGUUUUUUUUCUUUUUUCCGGGCGGGAUGAUUAAAAAAUGGGCAUGAUGCAGCACCAGCGCAUGGAGGAUUCCCAGAGUUUAAAAUUCCAUUUCCUUUCCUUCAGUUUUCCCCUCUGCAUUCAUAAGCAGCGUGAGGGACCAUUAGGCCGAAUGGGAGAAUUAUGUCCACCCAGUCUUUCCUCUUGCUUGAUAGAGUUACUCAUGUCUUGCACCGUGAGUAACUUGGACAGGACAGAAAAGGAAGACUGAGAAGCCUUGCCCUCCGCUGUCUUCUAAGUCAUUGGGAGCUCUGUCUGCAGAGCUGUUGCAUCCACCGUGUAGUAGAUUGCACCCGGUUGUAACUCACCUAACUUUCUAGUUUUGAACUCAAGCUGGGAAGCAGAAUGCCUUGGAUACCAAUAAAUAAAUAUCCACAAUCGUUAAAUAGGCAAAUCCUGGUUGUGUUCAGAAAUAUACUUCAUCAAAGCUGGAAGGGGCGGGGGGGGGGGGGGAGGAAUGGGCAGGAAUUUGGGAAGGAAGACAUAAUCCAAAAGAAAUACAAUUGCUUUGGUUCUUUUGAAUAAGGUGCACAGUUGUUCCUUCUUGUUCAGCUCUUUGUACUGUAAUUUAAAAAAAGCAAGGAAAGAUUUGAAUUGCCGAAUCGCUCCACCUCAAGACUAGUUUAAUUUCUGGUUUGUGCAAUCUCUGGUCCUGGCAUUAUUGAUGAACUAGAAUGAUGGGGAGGUGGACUCACAUCUCAAAAGACCUUGGAAAUGUCAGUGUAAAAAAAAAAAAACUGUAGUCAAUAUAUUUUCCAAAAUGAAAAAAAAAUGCUCUAUAGAUCUGUUUUUAAAAAUAAUAAUAAAACACCAAACCGCACAGUCCUAUUGUAAAUGGAAUGUUUUUGCCUCUGAGUCAAAGGUGCUGCAAUGGUUUCUUUGGCUGGGGAGUCAGUUGGGGUUGGCAAAUUGCUUGAAAUCUUAUCAGCUACCUAUGCAAAAUAAAUAAAGCUGUCUAUUUUUUUUCUCUUUUAUUGCUGGGAAGUAUUAAAGGAUAAUGAGCAAUGGGUGAACUGUUUGUUAAUCUAAUAAAGGAACUGUUUACACUUU